UAACCGACGGCGCCAAAUCGUCUCCAACGAAUAUACCCAAAAAAACGACGACGCUCCAGCGACUCCUUGAUCCCCCUAUGUAUUCUUUCGUGGUGUCGCCCCGUCGUUUCAAACCCAUGUGCUCAUCCCCUCCCAGAAACUGAAUAAAUUCGUCGUCUUCCCCAUUCCUCUCUCCCUCCCCUUCCGUCGCGUCGCGGCACAAGUUAGAGAGAGAAGAGAGAGAGAGAGUUGAUUCACACAUAAAUCAACUUAUCUAUACGAAUAUGUAGAGAGAGAGAGAGAGAGAGAGAGAGAGAGAGAGAACAGAAAGCUCAGAGGGAAAAAAACAGAACAGACAGUUCUCUUUACAAUCCCUCGAUUUUUACGUUCCUUUUCGUUGAAAGACAUGUAGUGUUAGAGAUAGAUAUGAAUGCAUGUGUAUCUCUUGAAUAUAUCUGUCUGCCUUUCUCCUCAAAUCAAACCCUAUCAAACAAGGCGCCGUAGGUUUACGCGUAAUUCUGUUGGCUCUAGAAUUGGCGACGACGUUGUCUUGUGAAACCCUAGGCUUUAGGCGCAAUUCUGUUGGCUCUUGUCUAGCUUUUUUUUUGUUGUUGCAGAUUAACGGUUUGGUGAGCGCAUGGGCGAUCUUCGGGUUUGUUCGCGGCCGCCGAGCGGCGUUGUUGCGACAGAAGAUCGCCCGCGUCAGGUGUCGUUGUUGUCGUCGCUGCCGCCGCCGCCAUUGCGGGCGUGUAGCAGCCCUGAUCCCUCGGUGAUCGAGGAGGAUAGGUGGGCCGUAGCUGAAGAAACAGCUCGAGAAGUGAUCGGGUGCGUUCACCCCACUUUGGACUCGGAGGAGAAGAGGAAGGAUGUGAUAGUUUAUGUUCAGAGACUCAUCAGGUGUUCUCUCGGUUGCGAGGUUUUCCCAUAUGGCUCCGUGCCACUGAAGACCUUCCUUCCUCAUGGAGAUAUUGAUUUGACUGCUCUUAGCAGUCCUACCGUCGAAGAAACUUUGGCCCAUGAUGUACUUGCUGUUCUGCAAGAAGAAGAGCAGAAUGAAAAUGCUGAGUAUGAAGUGAAGGAUACAGAGUUCAUAGAUGCUGAGGUUAAGCUUGUAAAAUGCAUUGUGCAUAACAUUGAGAUAGACAUCUCCUUCAAUCAGUUAGGAGGACUUUGUACUCUAUGUUUUCUUGAGCAGGUUGAUCGCCUUGUCGGCAAAGAUCAUCUCUUCAAACGUAGCAUUAUUCUAGUAAAAACUUGGUGCUAUUAUGAAAGCCGUAUUCUUGGUGCCCAUCAUGGUUUAAUCUCUACUUACGCUUUGGAAACGUUGGUCUUAUAUAUUUUCCAUCUCUUUCACAGAUCGUUAAAUGGGCCUCUGGCGGUUCUCUAUAGAUUCUUGGAUUAUUUUAGCAAAUUCGAUUGGGAUAAUUACUGUAUCAGUUUACAAGGUCCUGUCCGAAAAUCUUCCCUGCCUGAAAUAAUCGAGAUGCCAGCAGAUGUGGGGGACAACUUAAUGCUUAGUGAAGAGUUUCUCAGAAACUGUAUCGACAUGUUCUCAGUUCCAUCCUGGGGCCUUGAAACAAACGUGCGAGCAUUUCCACAGAAGUUUCUAAAUGUUAUUGAUCCACUGAAAGAAAAUAACAAUCUUGGGCGCAGUGUCAGCAGAGGUAAUUUCUAUCGAAUCCGUGGUGCUUUCAAAUAUGGGGCCCGGAAGCUUGGUCAAAUCCUCCUCCUACCCAGAGCGAGAAUUGCUAAUGAGAUCAAGAAGUUCUUUCCAAACACUCUGGAGCGACAUUUACAAAAAUCUAGUGAUUUAUCCUCAUUAUCCCCUUCCUUUGAAGAAGAGGUUCAACUGAACUUAGUGGAUCUAGAUUUGGACAAUAAUAUACCAGGGCUUGGAAAUAGUGAGCUAUAUAGAUCCUCAAGGACAGAAGAUUCUAUGAAGGUGGUGUCAAAAAUGGCCUGCUCAACAGAUGGGAGUUCUGUUUCAGGAUCUCACCGAGAUGGAGAAGUCAUUUCAAGAAUCAUAAGCGAUACGUCUGAUUGUUCACCAUCAAAUUGUGACUUGAGCGAUUCUCUUUCUGGUAUACAUUGCUAUCCACCUAAAUUCUCUCUAUCUGGAUCGUCUGGGGAGAAAGGGAAGUUGGAGAUGUUCUGUGAAGAAUGGCUGGAUGAGAAGAUGGGUUUUGAUUCAUGGAUUGUUGUAGAUGAGAAGACGGGUUCUGAUCCAUGUAUGGGACACAGAUCGAAAAAUUUUGGCGCCAGUAGAGCAGUCUGUUCAUGUACUAAUCAUCAUGAUGGUUUGACCUCUAGUUUUUCAGGAAUCUUAAGUCCAGAUGCCACUAUUUCAGAAGCUCUGCCUUUUGAUUUCAGAGAGAGUGAUUCAAUUGAUAUUGCUGGAAGCUUGGAAGCAUUUAAUUUGUUGUCUGACCUUAGUGGGGAUUAUGACAGUCACAUCAGGAGUUUGCUAUAUGGUCAGUGUUGCCAUGGAUAUGCUUUAUAUGCCCCUACAUUGCCCAAUGCUCCAACAUUCCCUUCUCAUUUGCAAAACAAAAGGCCAUGGAAUACUGUUCGUCAAUCCAUGCCGAUUAAGCAGGGUUCUCAUAUGACCACAAAUGGUGUUGUCUUGGGAUCAACUUACAAUUCCAUGAACGAUAGCAAACCAUUCAAUUGUUUGAGAUCGGAAGAAAAGCGAAAAGCACGGGGAACUGGCACAUUUUUUCCCAAAUCGGAAUUGAAUGGUUGUUCAUGCAGGGAGAGGUCCCCACAGGGGAGGGGAAAGAAGCAGGCAUCGGGCAAUCACCGUCAGGUCCAGAGACAUACUCGUAUCAAUGGUGGUGGACCUACCUUGCCAGAGAAGAAGUCGUCUGAGGAAGGGACCCGUGAGGUUCCACGUGGUGGGAAGUCUGGAUUAAACUCCAAUGGUGAUGAGUUCUGCAUUUCAUCUAAGAAACUUGAAGGAUUAAACUCCAAUGGUGAUGAGUUCUGCAUUUCAUCUAAGAAACUUGAAUUUGGAUCUCUUGGGCAACUGUCGGAACAACUUAGCCUGACAGCUUUGGAGAAGUGUUACAGUUGGGGCUCCACUCCAAGCCUCGUGCUGAAGGUGAAGAGUUCAAAAACCGAAGUGGGAAAUAAUGAACAAAGGGUUGCAAAGAAGUCAUUGCAACUUAAGAAUGAAGAUGAGUUCCCUCCUUUGACCGCGUAAAUGGCAGUAGAAAGAGCAGGCAAAUAACAGUAGGUGCUGACAUACACAGUAAUUUUGAGGGACCCUGUUUUUUUUUCCCCCCCUAGCUUCUCUUUUUCAUGCAUAGUUUUGGUUGCUGGUGGUGUGGUGUACAAUGGUUGGUUUGUACAUCUUUUUGCUUCAUUCCUUUCCGUUGCAUCACUGUUCACUGGCUUUUUUGGUGACUAGUAUUACAUACCAGCUGGUGAUGUGAUAUACAUGCAUACAAUGUGCCCCCCUUAUCUGCUUGUAGCUGUCCUGAAGACUUCAAAUGCUGUCCCCUUUUUUUACAUGCUUUUUAUUGGAAAAGGCAUAAGUUUAUACAACAUUGGAAUGUUUAAUGUUAAACAUUGGAUGUUGUUCAUUUUUAA